CAGAGGCUGGAGCCGGAAAACUGCGGCCCGCCCACCCACUGCCACCAUUCUUGACAGUCCGAAGCGAUCGAUGCUACUUGAGGCAGGUGGGGAUAGAAUACCGGCUGCUCGCCAAUCACGGGGGCGGGUUUGCAUAAGUGGGCGGUGCCGAUUACCCCCCUCCCGGCGGUGAAUCGGGUUCUAGCUGCUGCACCAGGUGAAAGGAGGAAGCGUCUCUAUCAUCUGCCCUCCUCUUGGACCAGCCAUGAUUCACAGCCUCUUCCUGAUUAAUUCCUCUGGGGACAUCUUUUUGGAGAAGCACUGGAAAAGUGUGGUCAGUCGCUCAGUAUGUGACUACUUCUUCGAGGCCCAGGAACGAGCCUCAGAGGCAGAAAAUGUGCCUCCUGUCAUCCCCACACCUCAUCACUAUCUCUUGAGUGUUUAUCGGCACAAGAUCUUCUUCGUAGCUGUGAUCCAGACUGAGGUGCCACCGCUUUUUGUCAUUGAAUUUCUUCAUCGGGUUGUGGACACUUUUCAGGAUUAUUUUGGAGUCUGCUCUGAAGUAGUCAUCAAGGACAAUGUUGUGGUGGUCUAUGAGGUCCUGGAGGAGAUGCUGGACAAUGGAUUCCCAUUGGCUACAGAAUCCAACAUUCUGAAAGAGUUGAUUAAGCCACCCACCAUCUUGCGAACAGUUGUCAACACAAUUACAGGAAGCACCAAUGUAGGAGAACAACUCCCCACUGGGCAGCUGUCUGUGGUACCCUGGCGACGGACUGGUGUGAAAUACACCAACAAUGAAGCCUAUUUUGACGUGAUUGAGGAGAUAGAUGCCAUCAUUGACAAAUCAGGUUCCACGAUUACAGCUGAAAUUCAGGGGGUGAUUGAUGCCUGCGUGAAACUGACUGGGAUGCCAGAUCUUACACUGUCCUUUAUGAAUCCCAGGUUGCUAGAUGAUGUCAGCUUCCACCCUUGUGUGCGUUUCAAGCGCUGGGAAUCAGAACGAAUUCUGUCUUUCAUCCCUCCUGACGGGAACUUCCGCCUGCUUUCCUAUCAUGUCAGUGCUCAGAACCUAGUGGCCAUCCCUGUUUACAUGAAGCACAACAUCAGUUUCCGAGACAGCAACUCAUUGGGCCGCUUCGAGAUCACAGUGGGUCCCAAACAGACGAUGGGGAAGACUGUGGAAGGGGUGACAGUUACCAGCCAGAUGCCAAAAGGUGUCCUCAACAUGACCCUCACACCUUCUCAGGGAACACACACCUUUGAUCCUGUUACAAAGCUGCUAUCCUGGGAUGUGGGCAAGAUCAACCCCCAAAAGUUACCAAGUUUGAAGGGGACAAUGAGUCUCCAAGCAGGUGCUUCCAAACCUGAUGAGAACCCCACUAUCAACCUUCACUUCAAAAUACAGCAGUUGGCUAUUUCUGGGUUAAAAGUGAAUCGACUGGACAUGUAUGGAGAGAAGUAUAAACCUUUCAAAGGGAUCAAAUACAUGACCAAGGCUGGCAAGUUCCAGGUCCGGACUUAGAAGCUCCUGGGGCCGAGAGAAGACCUGGACUCAGUUUUCCUACUCCGCCUCUGCUCCCAUCUUCCCCUGGAGCUGCUCUUUGCUGUGACCUCUGUGGAUCUUUUCUCCAAACCAGGCAAAGUGGUGUCCGUUAAAUUUCAAAGCUCUUAAGUGGAAAAGGAGAGCAAAUGAGGGGAACUGUGACAUCGGGGAAGGUUCACUAGCUAAUUUCCCCCCAUUGCUAGAAUUCUGUGCCCUUCUUCCUCCCUUUGUGGCCGGCGUUUAGCUGUUUUCCUUCACAGUCCUGGGGGGAUAGGAGAAGGAAAUGCUGCCACGACAGCAUGAUCAGGAGAGCUGAGAGAAUCCCCCCCCCCCAAAUGUUCCCUCAGUACUGAGGAGUCUGUCUUGGUUUUUUCCAAAGACUGACUGAAAGAGAGUUCCUGCUGCAAUCCAGUCAAAAGCCUGCUGUAGAAGACGAAAGGGGUGUUGUCCUCAUACCCAUAUUCAGUCAGUCCUUCACUUUAGAGAAAUAUUUUGGUUGGGGGAGUGGCUGGAAACAGGUUUUUCAGGGAGCUGGAAGAAGCAUCUUGGCCUGUACUGGGAAUGCUCAUCCCACGGCUGUCUCUGGAAAAUAAAGUUUUGGAUAGUACUUUGGAAACCCGCUUAACCGGAGAUGAUCCGUGGGGCAAAAGGGAGACUGUCUAGACCAAUGUAGCCUCUCCCAUGCCAUCUUCAGCUCUCUUUAAAAAUGAUUGCCUGCCUAAAAGGGAGGAG